AUACGUUGCGAAAAAAUUAAGCUAGCCCUCCCGGCCUUUUUUUCACAGCAUUUCAUAUUUUUUUUUUUUCUUCGUCGACGAAACUUUUCGGUUUCUUCGCCAAUCCCGCAAACUUUUCGGCAUUCAACCGUAUCAUACCAAUCGACUUGUCGGAUUGGCAUCAGUGAAAUUUCGCUGCUGCCAUACCGUCUCUACCCAAUUUAUCUGAUCGCUCACCGAAGAACUAGCAUUAGUUUCUUCGGCGAUUCAUCUGCUGCCUGCGCGCGACGGCUUUGAAGAGCGUUGCGCGAGGCUAAAACACCGCAAUCAUGGCGCCCAAGAAGAAGGAGCAGAAGAUGUCCCUCGGGGCUUUUCUGCAGGAAGAGAAGUACGGUGGAUCAUGGGCUGAUGAAGUUGAGGACUCUUUUGGCUCUCAGCCUUUGCCCACCACGUCUAGUGAGCGACGAACUGGCGGUUUCUCCAGCUAUGGAGCCGGCGGCAACAACGACCGUGGCUACUACACUCGCGAUUCCUAUGCUACCCAGGCUCCUGCUCAACUCCCAACUAAACCCCCCUACACCGCUCAUCUUGGAAAUCUAUCCUACGAUGCUACAACCGAAUCCGUCACCGACUUCUUUCAGGACUGCGAGCUUUCCAGUGUCCGAAUUAUCGAGGACAAGAUCGAGCAGCGACCCAAAGGAUUUGCCUACGCUGAAUUUGCAAACGUAGAAGGUCUGAAGAAGGCUUUGACCCUGGAUGGAACUAGCUUCCAAGGCCGUACCAUUAGAAUCAAGAUCGCGGAUCCUCCCAAGGAACGCCAGGACCGUGGCGAAUCGGCCCGUGAUCUCAGCAGCUGGGAACGAAAAGGCCCUCUGGCCGACCUUCCGUCUCGUGGUGGUGGCGGCGGCGGUGAUAGACGCCCCUCGGAGUUUAGUGAGCGUCGUGGACCUGGCCCGCGGGAUGCACCAUCUGAUGAUGGCAAGGUACGCGACUUCGGCAACUGGGAGCGCAAGGGCCCAUUAUCUCCUCUUCCCGCUGCCGAACGACCUGCAGGUUCGCGGGAUAGCAGCCGUCCCCGAACUAACGACGCCAACCGUGGCGAAUCCUUCCGAAAAGAUCGUAGGACUUCUCCGGCCACUUGGGGUGAAGGUCGUCAAGAAGGUUCCCGACCCCCUAGAGAGUUUAAAGAGCGAGCGGAGCGUCCUGAGCGUCCCGAGCGCCCUGAGCGCGCUCCGACUGCAGCGGAUCUUGACAACCAGUGGCGUAGCAAUAUGAGGCCUGAUCGCACUGUCAAGUCCCCCGAGCAAUCCCGUGACGGUAGUGAGGCACCGCCAUCCCCUGCUACUAGCUCGGCUGCUGCCCCCGCUCCCGCUGGUCGUCCCCGACUAAACCUCAAGAAGCGAACUGUGUCUGAUUCGCCAGACGUGGCGUCUCCCGGACUUCCCCCAUCCGCAGAUGGCGAUAAUAAAGCGAGCCCCUUCGGUGCUGCUCGUCCUAUUGAUACGGCUGCAAAAGAGCGGGAGAUCGCCGAGAAGAAGGAGCAACAGCUCAAGGAAAAACGGGAGGCGGACGAGAAGGCGAAGGAGGAACGUCGAAUCGCAAAAGAGGCUGCGGCAAAGGAAGCCGCUGAGAAGGCCGCCGCUGAAGCAGAAAAGGCGAAGGCUGAGCCAGUCGAGGAGAAGCCGGAGGUCGCAACUGAGUCGAAGGAGGAACCAAAGGCUGAGGGCGCCCAGAACGGCGGUGCCGCGGAGCAGAAGUUGCCGAUUCGACCCAAGGAGAAUGUUCAGAACCCCAAGUCCAGAGCAACUGAGAGCGGCAACUGGCGAACAUCAUCGGGAGAGCAGCGUCCGGCUCGCGGUGGGUAUGUUAACGCCCAACGAGGCCGUGGCGAAGCUCGAGGACGCGGUGGUGCGCCACGAGGACCGCGUGGAAAUUAUGAGGGAAGACCUGCUCGAGCUAAUGGAAACUCGCCCGCUUCCCCGCAACAGCCCGCUCAACCCUCAUCUCCUGCCCCGACAACUGAAUCAGCCCCGGCGCAGGAAGCCGAUGGUUGGACUACUGUCCCGGCAAAAGGUGGCCGCCGCAACCAAGGCGCGCGUGCUUAAACGAGGGAUCGGCCAUGUAUAAAAAUCAGAAUUUCCAAUGCUCAGGCUUGUGGGGGGUGGGAGUUCAUUGGCACCAUAAUACCUUAUGGACAUGAAAUGCGAAAACAUUGAUCUUUUUUUUCCCUAUUCCUAAUUACCCUUUUGACAUUGUGACGGCUGCCUUACUAUCACGGUCAUGAGAUUGAACACUGUUUUUACGCCCCCCAUUCUAAGUACCGUAUAUACCCACAUCAUACAUCAACCCACGCCUACUCGGGAAAGCUGUCGGUAGCACUGUACGACAGAAAUUUGAGGGCGCCUCCAUAACGUAUUUGGCUUUGCUUUAUACUAAACCACGCGGUUUGAGUUGAUACUAUCACCUCGCACCAGUCAGGCUAUUUACACUCGUCGUUCUACACUAAUAGGUAUUUCAAAAUUUGAUUUGCC